AUGGAGAAUAUGUUCAACCUACAAACCCUGACAUUGGGCGCAAAAAGCAUCACCUACCAUGCUUCUUUCAAACCAGUCAGUCCCAACGCGACUUCGCGAGGAGAACUAGUAUCGCCAUCUUCGCAGAACAUCGUGGCCGACGGUCCAGUCCCUGGUAUCAUCAUCAACACAUUGCCGAUGUUUGACAUAUUCAAGAAGGCCGCCAAGUAUGUUACAGACACGAAAAGUGGUGCACUCCCACAUGCACCAUGGCAACAACAAUCAGACUAUGCUGCAAUCCAGGCCGAUAUCCUGGAGUUGGAAUCGAACUUCUAUCCAGAAUAUAGAUUUGACAGAACAAAGAUGACACAGCAUUCCAAGGAGGCCAUCGAGCAGAACUGGGCUUUCUGGAGCUGCUGGUUGGUGAACCAGUUCAUGUAUCACACGAUCCAUAUGCUGCUUAACCAUCCCUUCCUCAUAUCGCUGCGUAUAGCUGCUGCUGGAAGAUGCCCCAGGACCUUCAGUCAGUCGACUUCGGACCAAGUGGUCGUGCACUCGAACUGGAUCAUCCGUCUUUUGGACCUUCUCGAGGAGAAGGAUGUCAAUGUCUCGGACCCGUUCUUGGCUUACUGCAUCUCGGUCGCCAUUACAGUCUUUAUCCACUAUCGCAAUGCAGAGAUACAAAGUUUACGACAGAAUGCCGAGAAGGGAUUGUUCAAGGGCCGACAAGAACUGGGGGAGCUUUCAUCGCUGCUCAAAAACGUCGAACGCAUGGUAUGA